AUGCCUGCAAAGGUGUUCAAAGAUCGUAGGGAAUCAAGGGAAGUAGACUAUCGGGCCUUAUAUCGGUUUAGUAAAGUUAAAAUAAGUAAGUUAAAAAAAAAGAAUGAGGGUUUUUUACCAUACGUGGGAGGAUUUCAAAUUGGCAUAGGAGAAGAUAUUGGUGUCCAUCAAUCUACGGUAUCCCAAACCGUUACCAACGUUAUAACACGCAUUGUGCAGAAGUCGAGUAUUUGGAUUAGAUUCUUCCCAACCUCAUGUCAAUUUAGAAGAGAUGCAAUGUCAAGAACCAUUCAUGGCUUUCGGGUCUAAGUAAGUAUCUAGCAUGAUCUAAAUUUAAUCUGGUUUUUAUGUUUUGAAUCUUCUUCCAAAUCUGCCAUUCAUUAUAUUUAACUCCUAAUUCGGCUUCUACCUUUUCUUUUAUUUCUUCAACCGCCUUACGUCGUUUAUUUUUGAUUUCCGGGAUGUUUAAUUAUAUUAACAAAUACUAUUUGAUUUUCAGAUGAAUGGUCUUCAGAAUAGGUUGACAUCAUGUAAAUGAACAAAUAAUAAUCGACCUAAACACCACCGACACAAACGUUUACCGGUAUACAGUAGUAACUGCUCGCAAUAGAGAAAUUGCCAAUUCGGCGAGACAACAAAAUACAAGUCGCAACUCGAAAACCAGAGUGCCUACUCAAGAAUUUCAUUAGAACUUGAGUAGCCUCUCC